AUGCAAUACGUGGGCAAAGUUGGAGGCUAUGUCUACAACCAAUGGAGCUCGCUCAACCCGGCAACUCUUCUGGGAGCCAUAGACAUCAUUGUGGUAGAAACUCCUGAUGGUUCUUUGCACUGCUCACCGUGGCAUGUUCGGUUCGGCAAGUUUCAAAUCAUCAAACCGCUGCAAAAAAAGAUUGAUUUGUAUGUCAAUGACAUGAAAACAGACCUCCCCAUGAAGUUGGGAGAGGGUGGAGAGGCAUUUUUUGUGUUUGAGAGCGAAAACAAUGACCUUAUUCUGUCCUCGGCAUUGACGUCGCCGGUGAUUUCCGCUGCAUCUUCACCGGAAGCUUCGCCUUCCAACUCGCCUCCAGGGCUGCCGCGCCCGACAACACGAGAAAGUUUUCUGCUUGACAACGAAAAAUUGGACCUCAAUGCCGGACCUCAGCUUCGUCCGGCUAGUCCUACUCGUGCAACAAGUCCAUCUCGUGCAACAAGCCCUUCACGUUCCAGCGUCAGUGCCGACAUCGAGUCCAAAAUAGAGCUCUCGCCUUCUCCCGCACAUACUCCCCGUGUGUCUCCGUCGCCAUCAAUGCAGCUGAAAAUUGCAUUUGAGCGUGCCAAGCGUCUCACCAAGCAACUUAAUAUUCCGUCCAAAGUGGAUGUAAACGGAGACAUGGUUCUAGAUAUGGACGGGUACAAGCCCAACGCACAGCGGAACAUCGACAACAGCGAUGAGCUCUUUCAAACCAUAUUUAUGCGUGAGAUCAACGAUCUUACCGGAAACACCUCUUCCACCACCUCGGACAAAAACCAACAUGAUCCUGAUGCCGAGGGAGAGUACCGGCUUCUUGACCAGAUAAUUGUCAAGGACAAGGACGGAAAUAUCCGCAUUGUCAACCACGGCGACACCGGCGACUUGGGCGAAGAUAUGCAUGAAGAGGACAUCUCUCUGGAAGGCUUGAUGUACCCGCAAGAACUCCCAUCCAGCAGCGUUGAACGCGGAGACGACAGAACAUACUUCAAGACGUUGCGGCUCACGUCCGAGCAACUCCAAGGUAUGAAACUCAACUACGGAGAAAACAAGCUCACCUUCAAGCUCAACCAGGGCAACUCCAUGAUCGAAUCUUCAUUAUUUUUGUGGAAGUCAACCACGCCUAUCGUUAUUUCCGAUAUAGAUGGCACCAUCACCAAGUCCGACGCUUUGGGCCAUGUUCUCAAUCUCUUCGGCCGUGACUGGACCCAUCCUGGUGUAGCCAACCUUUUUCUGGACAUCAACAAAAACGGUUAUAAUAUCAUGUACUUGACCGCUCGUUCUGUUGGACAGUCGGAUUCAACUCGCCAGUACUUGAGAGGAAUCGUCCAGGACGGCACAAAGCUACCACCGGGACCGGUCAUUUUGAGUCCUGAUAGAACUAUGGCAGCGUUACGAAGAGAAGUGAUUUUGAAAAAACCAGAGGUUUUCAAAAUGGCGUGCUUGAAUGAUAUCCGUGGUCUCUACUAUAACGUUGAAAGCGAGAAGGACGAUCGAACUCCAUUCUAUGCUGGCUUUGGUAACAGAAUAACAGAUGCCAUCAGUUACAGAUCUGUUCAUAUACCCUCUCACCGAGUAUUCACCAUCAACCCCAACGGUGAAGUUCAUAUGGAGUUGCUUGAAUUGGCAGGUUACAAGUCCCUGUAUCUUCAUAUUGGAGAGCUAGUGGAUCACUUUUUUCCACCUAUCAAGAGAGUAAGCACAACUACUGCUUACAAUGAUAACCAGUUCAACCAAUACAUUCAUAACAAGCAGGACGCCUCACCACCGGGCUCUCCUCGCAGUAUAGGAAGUUUUGAGGAGAUUGCCGAUAUCAAAACCGACGAAAAAUUCAAUGAUGUUAAUUACUGGCGAGACCCAUUAUACAGUUUGAGUGAUCUCAGCGACGAAGUCGAAGAUGAAGAUAUGGAGGAGGAACCUAUGGAUCAUACACCGUCGUCCCCAGGACUGGAAAUUGACGGAGAAAGCUCCAAAAAAUCUCGACCACUUUCGGGGACAUUUUCGUCACCAUUAAAGAGUUUCAUGAAAUUUGGAAACAGCAGUGAGAGAACCACAAAGAAAAAAGUUGCCGAGUAUGGAGCACAUGUGGACACUCCUAGUCGAUACAGUGAUAGAGAGUCUCAAAAAUUCCGUGAAAAGUGGGCUGAUGGUAACUCUGACGACGACGAAGAAGAUGACGAUGACUACGUGGAUGAUGAAGAUGAGGAUCUAGACGACGACUAUACUGAUGAUGAUUACGACGAAGAUGCCGAAGACGACUAUGAGGACGACUACGAUGAAACAGGAGAAAUCGAGCAACCUGAACUUGAAGAAAUUGACGAACUUGACUUUGAUGAUGGAAUUCCACCAGAAGAAAAGGAAAGAGCCCAAAAAGCCAAAGGUUACUCUCCUGAUGCACAAGAGUCUGAAAAGUUGUCGGAGAAUUUGCGCAAGGAAAUGGAGAAGUUGAAGGUUGUUGAAGAGAUUGCUGGAACUAAAAUUGCAUAG